AUGCAACCAACUGUAGCAGAGUAUGAUAAAAAAGAAGCCUCAUCAUCAUCGUCGUCGUCGUCGUACAAAACAGUGAACUCCUCUCCUUCUCUCACAGAAAGUGAUGCUCAACUGAGCUUGCUCUCCAGACUGGAGGCACUUCAGGUGCUGUUGCUCGAUAUCAAACCCACGGAAGAGCCCAUCGUGCCGCAGCAGCCGGAUGUAUUGCGCAUUCAAUACUCAAGUACAUUCAAUUAUGUCCUGGGUAUGUACCGAACGAUGAGUGCCACCUUCACAGGGGUCCAUUCACCUUCGUCUGCAAAGUGGUUUCUUCUUACGGCCUACGUGCUUCGUCAAUGCACUUCCCACUACAGUGUAUGGAAGGAUCGCCGGGAUGUUUUACUGGAGCCUGCUCGGCUGCUGAGCUCAACCCAAGAAUCCCUCAAAGAGGAAAAUGAUAAGAUCGACAACACCCGCAUGUUCCUACAGGAAGUAAUGCCAGUGGCGGAGAGGUGGUUGCCGAUGCGGGCAGACGUGGAGGGGCCCGGCGGCGCGUAUAGCCCGUGGCGUGCGGUGCAGUGGGAGUUAAACGUCAUGAAAAGCUUCAACAUGCGGUUUCACAAGAACUUUCAGGUGUGGCACCACCGGAAGGAGUUGUUAAUAGAGUCUCUUGCACGCACAGAUCCAGCGUUACGCCAGGAAGCGUUCGCCUCACUGGAAAGCUUUGACCGGUAUCUUUCCACUCAUCACAACGUGAGGUUUGCAGAUAUUGAUGAGCGAACUCUCUGCAACGAGGUAUUGGAGAUUGACGUAAAGAAUUACCACGUGUGGUUGCAUCGGUCGUGGUUUGUGCACGCCUUCUCGUUCCUUCUUCAGCCACCACUGUGGGCGGCGCUCUUGAAGCAUUUCGGCAUCAGCGCCCAGAAAAGGGAGACAAGUGGAUCCGACCUUCCACCAUUUAUUCCGAACUCGAAGUGGAAACGUGAGUGCAUGAAGCCCACCGUUCCGCCAUGCUCUCUGAAUGAUGAGUUGAUGUACACUGCGUCCCUCAUAAGGGCGGACUGUUUUAAUAACUCAGCGUGGUGUCACCGAUUCCUUGUGUUUCGUAAUGACCUUAUUGGUGUACUGCUGCGAAACAAUGCUCCAAUCCAUCCAACGGACGUGGAGGAGGUGGUGCGGCAGUUCUGCCUGGAGGAGAUGAACUAUGCACUGCAGUGGUGCUUCUACGAGCCGUGCAAUGAGUCGUCGUUUGUUCACGCCCGGUCAGUUGCAGCUGUCUUCCAGGCUGCAACUAUACGGUUGCAUCUGUCUAACAAUGCUGGAAAAGCACACAGCUGCCUCAAUGACAGUGAGCCGAUUUUCAAUGACUCACGGUCGUCUUCACAUUAUACCUGUUUGAGUGAUAAGGUUUCGUGGAACGACUUUUUGGCAACAUUUUCUCUUCUUCUCCAGCAGCUGUGCGCUCUACGGGAUGUCAUCACCCCUCGUGCAGAGGACUUCCGAGUGUACGGAACAGCACGAGAUGCGAAGACGGUGCAUGUUAUUCAUCAGUGUCGUUCUCAGUUUCUGCUAGACAAUGUGCAUCAAGUCUAUGCAGCGCAUUAUCACUGCCUCUUCCUAUUGCUCGAGCAUCUCUGGUGUUAUUAUUUCACUGACGACGAAAGAUCGCGAGUGAAGAAGGCGUUACCGUCUGAGGUAUACGCAGCUGGAAUCGACGCCGUCGAGACGCAAGUAGCCCAGGUGCCGGAUGGGUGCAUAAAGUUCUUUCUUGAGAAUGAGAUGCGGGCGAUGGAGCUGGCACGUCGGCUAGUGACGGAGGACUCCAUCCGAUCCAGGUACUGGAAGCACGAAAUAAGCCUCGUCAUGCACAGGGAGUACAACCAAGAAGAGGCCGAGAGAGCGUGUGUCUGA